AUGAGUGUUGCGCCGAGGCCGGAGACUCCGGCAACAGGGUCCCACCUCAACCCCGAGUGGCAAAAGCACCUCCUAACCCUGCGGUUCGAGUUCGGGUCGGGCCGACAGGUUGAAUCCGGCCCGCAGUCUCCCUGCCCCCCGCAGGUGGGCUCCGCGGGCAGGGCCCACUGUAGCUCCACGCCGGGCCGCGGCCACCGGUCCACGGGCAACCCGGGGUCCAGGCCCACGAAGCUGCGCCUGCCUGACCCGGAUCCUGUACGCCGUCGUCGACCCGCCAGCCCUGAACGCGCAGCACGGCGUGGAUCGGCACGCGCCGGCGGUGGCGUUGGCGUAGGCGUGGCAGAGGCUGGUGGCGGUGCAGUUGAGGGGCGAGUUGAGGAUGGCGGCGGUACAGUUGAGGUAGAGGAUGGUGUUGGCCCCGGUGAUGUUGAAGGGGGCGGCGGGAUCCAGCUGGAGCCCGUCGGCGGCGACGCAGGCGUCCGGGAGGAACGGCGCCGGCGCCACCGUGAGUCGCUGAUCGGCGGCGGAGAUGGAGGUGAUCGGGUAGGUGUUGUUGGAGGAGUCGAAGAGGAGAGCGGCGGCGGAGCAGCGGAUCCGGUAGGCUGGGUCGCCGCAAGUGGGGCCGGUGCUGAGGGGGGGACGGGGGAGGAGCCACAGGGUGGGCAAGGGGGGAGUGAGACGGCCGGCGAUGCGCACGUUAGCAGGAGGAGGAGCGCCGCCGCCGCGCGGAGGAGGAGGGGGAGCGGUGUCGGUCGGGCCAUGGCUGUGGCAGAGUGA